AGCCACUGCUUCAACUAAAAGUGGCCAUUGACCUUUCAAGCUUUUGAGCAGUGAUGCAAUAGAGUAGUAUUUCAAAGAAAAUUGGUUAUCGAAAUUGUGGAUCCGGUUUUCCCGUGAGUGUUAAUGGUUUUUAAAAAGUAGGUCACAUUUAAAGUAGGCCACAUUUCGUGGGCGGGCGUGUAGGCUGGAGAUGAGUUUCCACUAAGGCCAGGUAGCUUCCAACGGGGUGGGAGGUGAGGGUCCCGGGUAAGGAAGAAGGUACCGGGAGUUCCGAAUUCCGGGCCCCAAGUGCCAACUCUGUAGGGAGUCGCAGAGACGAGCGCUCUGCAGACUGCGGGCGCCGAGGCCCGCCACCCGGCACCUCCCAGGCGCGCAGGCGAUCUGUGGGUGACCGCGUCUGUGGGGGACUUUGCCAUCCGUCCGCCGGGUCCUGGGGAGAAAGAACCGGGAGCUCCCCAUCCCCUCCGCCACCAUUUCGGCCACCCCGCAGGGACUUGUUUUGGGGUUCCCACUGACUUCCAGGAAGGACGCGAGCUCCUCUCUGACCUCAGUAAGAGCGGCCACCUGUCUUUGCCGCGGUGACCCUUCUCCCAUGACCCUGCGGUGCCUCGAGCCCUCCGGGAAUGGCGCGGAAGGGUCGCGGAGCCAGUGGGGCGCGGGGUCGGCAGAGGAGCCGUCUCCGGAGGCUGCGCGUCUGGAGAAGGCCCUGCGGGAGCUCAGUCAGACAGGAUGGUACUGGGGAAGUAUGACUGUUAAUGAAGCCAAAGAGAAAUUAAAAGAGGCACCAGAAGGAACUUUCUUGAUUAGAGAUAGUUCACAUUCAGACUACCUACUAACAAUAUCUGUUAAAACAUCAGCUGGACCAACUAAUCUGCGAAUCGAAUACCAGGAUGGGAAAUUCAGAUUGGAUUCUAUCAUAUGUGUCAAGUCCAAGCUUAAACAAUUUGACAGUGUGGUUCAUCUGAUCGACUACUAUGUUCAGAUGUGCAAGGAUAAGCGGACGGGCCCAGAAGCCCCUCGGAAUGGAACUGUUCACCUUUAUCUGACCAAACCGCUCUAUAUGUCAGCACCAUCUCUGCAGCAUCUCUGUAGACUCACCAUUAACAAAUGUACCGGUGCCAUCUGGGGACUGCCUUUACCAACAAGACUAAAAGAUUACUUGGAAGAAUAUAAAUUCCAGGUGUAAGUGUUUCUCUUUUUCUAACCAUGCCUCAUAUAGAGUAUCUCCGAAUGCAGCUAUGUGAAAGAGAACCAAACUUGACUGCUCUGGAUAACUACGAGGAAUUCUAAGAACAGCUGAAGUAAAUCUAACUUAAAUGUGUGUGAGGUAGUUAGGUAUUUAAAGUUUCCCCAAAUAUUUUCACCUGAGUGAUGCUUUCCUUCCUAAGGCUGACCAAGACCAGUUUUUUCACGUUAAAAAUAAAAUGUCCCAAGUAAAGGCUGAAAGAGCAUUUUAUCAGAACGCCUUGCCUUUCUGAGGUUCCUUUCCAUUAGAUCAAAGGUCCAAGCUUUGGUGGUAGAGAAAGCUCCACAUAGGAGUCCUGGACAAGUGGAAGGAAACAAGCUGACACAGGCUUAACUUCAAUUUUAUAUGCCUGGUGAUCAGGGUCUAUUUUAGGACAUUUUAUACUUUGCAUUCUGAUGUACCUAGGAGUUUUGUUAAACAGAACAUGUGUGUGAGUAUUUAUUUCUCAUUUUAUGCAAUUAACCAAAUCAACCAAAAAAAGUGACCAUGAAAUCCUGUAUUUGUCUUUUUACUACAUGUAUGAACGCUCAUGUGAAUGAGUACUGUAGUAAUCCAUUUUAAGGGAGCCUUAUUUCAGGACUAUUUCAAACUGGUGCAAAUGGAAAAGACUUUCUUUUCCUUUAAGGCUAAAGACAAGAAUGUCAUGCUAUACAGGUGCAACUCAAUCCCUGUUAAUAAAAACCAAUGUAGAUAUAGACAUUUUACCCUUUGAAGUAGCUUUGUCCGAACCUUUUGCCAUUGAUUUUUUUGGAAAUGGCGUUAGAAAUUUCCAAGUUGUCCUUGAAUUGUCUUAACCAUGGACAUCAGCAGUUGUCUCCCUUCUACCAUGUAGAAUACUUUGACUUAAUUUUCUUCCAGACAUAGGGGGAUACCUGCCUGUUUCUCAAAGUGUUUAUUUACUGCUGUUACUAUUUGAUUAGAAUGUCUUAAAUAAAAAAAAAAAAA